GUAGGAAAAAAGGAGUGAUAAAGAGCAAGUAUUGUACUAACAAGAGUUUUAGUUUCCCUGACUCGGGCUGUUCUUCAGUUUUUUACAGGCUGGUGGAUUAUGAUUGAUGCAGCUGUGGUGUACCCUAAGCCAGAGCAGCUGAACCAUGCCUUUCACACCUGUGGUGUAUUUUCCACAUUGGCUUUCUUCAUGAUAAAUGCUGUAUCCAAUGCUCAGGUGAGAGGUGACAGCUAUGAAAGCGGCUGUUUGGGAAGAACAGGUGCUCGAGUUUGGCUUUUUAUUGGUUUCAUGUUGAUGUUUGGGUCACUUAUUGCUUCCAUGUGGAUUCUUUUUGGUGCAUAUGUUACCCAAAAUACUGAUGUUUAUCCAGGACUAGCUGUGUUUUUUCAAAAUGCACUUAUAUUUUUUAGCACUCUGAUCUACAAAUUUGGAAGAACUGAAGAGCUAUGGACCUGAGAUCACUUCUUAAAUCACGUUUUCCUUUUGUUACGUUCUAUUUGUAGAUAAGUUUUUAUCUCAGUACUCAUUGCCAAAUGGAAUAGAUUAUAUAUUAAAUGUUUCCUUUCUUUACAUUUUUAUGCUCUGAGUUUUGAAAUAGUUUUAUGAAAUUUCUGUCUCUUAUUUUUCCUUGAAUAGGUACUAUUAAUAUGUACAUAAUACAAGACUAUGUAGAGUGGA